AUGUCUCCGCCCCAUCAUUCCAUGAAAUUUCUUCUCCCCAUCAUUCCUCUCACUGAGUCCGUUGAUGGAUGGCCAGCAGGAUCUAGCGCCCAGUGGGAGGCAGCGAACGCGAAUGCAGAGCUUUUCUACAGAAACAAGGAGUUGGUUCAAGUUGCGAACAAGCUGAGGGAGUCGCAGAAGAAGCUCGAUCACGCUAGGGCGUGCCUUGUCAACCAGCAGGCCUUGAAGCAAGAAGAGCAGUUCCUCAAGCAGGCUAUAGUGAACCAGAGCAAGGAAUAUGCCGACCGCCAGCAGGACAUGGAGAAGAGGAUUGCAGACCUGGAGGCCAGGCUGAAGGAGAUUGAGGCCGACUCCAAGAACACCGAGCAGUACAAGACAGAGCUCGAGAACUACCAGAAGGACAUUAUGCAGCAUCGCCAGUCUGUCGUAACCAUCGAGCAGUCCCUGAGCGAAGCCUACCGCUUUGAAGCAAGGAAGUCUGAGUAUGGGAUGAUCAUUGAGAAGAAGCAGAAGGAGCUGGAAUACCUUGAGAAACAUGUCAAGGAUAUCAAGGAGGCGAAUGAACGCGCACAGGCGGCCAGCUCGGAUUUUGCACAGGCUGGAGUGAAGGGCAAGAUCGAUGAGUUCCGCUCCGUCGAGGGAGAUCUGAACCGCGUCGUUGGGGAGAUCGAUGCCCUCGAGUUCUGCUUGGGCUACAAGGGCUCAAACUCCGUGCCUGAUCUCACCAAGGUUGCCUAA